CUCUGGCCGAGUGCGCGUCCCGAUGUGCAGUGUAUUGUGUUUUUCAUAUUGUCUUUUCGCCGUUCCGCCCGCUAACGUCAUCGUCUUCGUUAGUCACUACCGUAGAAUUUAGUGUGCAUUUUGCCGUGUGCCGAUAUUCCGUGGAUUGCGUUUGCGCCGUUUCGAAUCCAUCCGCGUGUGCACCCAUUCUGAAGCCCUUGGACCCAUAUUUGUAGAUCGUCGUCCGGCAGCUGUGUGUGAGUGCGUGUGUGUGUGCGCGCAAACGAUUCCAGAUUUUUGAUUGAUCUGUUUUCUUUUUCGUUUUCUGGAGUGAGUUUAUGAAGAAUGAUUAUUUUUAGUAGUUUUUGCCAGAAGCAAGCGCUGAUUUUAUGAGUGAUUCAAUGCUGCUCUGUGCGGUGACAAUUCGAAAGCGAUAUUCACGAAUGAAGUUUUUAUUUUAGAACGUGUUAUUUACCACAUUUCGGUACGAGUGUUUUGUGUGUCGAACGGAGAAAGAUAUAGCCAACACAGAACAUCGCGGCUAUCGAAAGAACCUUCGAAAGUCAUGACACAUUGAUAUUUUUGUAAAUAAGCAGCAAAGGAAAACAGAAAAAAAUAAACUUCAGUGUCAUUCAUUGUAUUGUCAAAACACAGUGUGACGGUAGUGAUAAAAACGUAAACAGUAAGCAUCGCGACAACCCAACCGAUCGGAAUAUCUUCACGCUUUGGAUAUCCAAGAAUCCCACAAGAUCACUUCAAUGUUGCAUUAAGGAAGCCGUGAUCUGAGGAUAAAUAUUGUGAGGUACAUUGUCGAAAUCCACAGAAUGAUCUGGUGAUAUUCUUGAUGUCGCAUUGGAGCACGUCGUGCCAGUGCCAGUGGCCGUGCAUUUCUCAUCCGUCUGAUCCGGAGGUGGCGUAACACUGCGUCUCGUACGUCCCCACUUCUUGUGCUGUCCCACGUAGUGUAGUGAAACCGCCAAAAUAGGUGCCAUGGGGAAGGACUUCUACAAAAUCCUCGGCAUACCGAAAGGGUCAACGGAUGAGGACAUCAAGAAGGCCUACCGGAAGCUGGCGCUCAAAUACCACCCGGACAAGAACAAAAGUCCCGGCGCGGAGGAGAAAUUCAAAGAGGUAGCCGAGGCGUACGAGGUGCUGUCGGAUAAGAAAAAGCGUGAGCUGUAUGACAAGUACGGCGAGGAUGGACUGAAAGGAAGGGCAUCAAAUGGUACCACGAAUUCGUCACAAAACUUCACAUAUGAGUUCCACGGCGAUCCGCGGGCGACGUUUGCGCAGUUCUUCGGCUCCAGCAAUCCGUUCGCGUCCUUCUUCGAUAUGCAUAAUGACAAUAUGUUCAGUGACAGCCUGUUCAACGAUGAUGAAUUUUUCACGUCUUUCGGCGGGCUGGGGAACCGACACGGGCUGGGAGGGGCAUUUAGAUCACAUUCAUUCAACGUGCACUCGCCGCUCAAGAAGGAAAAGGUGCAGGAUCCCCCGAUCGAGCACGACCUGUACGCGACGCUCGAGGAAAUCUACCACGGCUGUGUGAAGAAGAUGAAAAUCUCCCGAAGGGUCCUGCAACCGGAUGGCACCUCGAAGAAGGAGGACAAAUACGUCAGUAUAUCGAUCAAGCCGGGCUGGAAGUCGGGCACCAAGGUCACCUUCCAGAAGGAAGGCGAUCAGACGAAAGGAAAGAUACCUGCGGACAUAGUGUUUAUCGUACGCGACAAACCGCACGUUUGGUUCCGGCGGGAGGGAAGCGAUUUGCGGUACACGGCGAGGUUAACGCUCAAACAGGCUCUCUGUGGUGUCAUCUUCGAGGUGCCCACGAUGACCGGCGAGAAGCUGCGCAUCAGUACAAAGCAGGAGAUCAUCAAACCGAACACGGUCAAGCGGAUCCAAGGCUAUGGGCUGCCAUUCCCGAAGGAACCCUCCCGCAAAGGUGACCUGCUGGUGGCGUUCGAUAUAAAAUUCCCCGACAAGCUGACGCAGUCGGAGAAGGAACUGCUAAACGAUAUGCUACCGAAUUCCUAGUUUGGGAGCGAGCUCAACGUUGUUCUAACGCUACACGUCUCUUUUCGUUUUUUUGUUCAUAUGUUCUUAGUCUGUAUAGGACCUUAGACCUUUUUUUUUCUCCCACAGUCGAGAUAUAUUUUUUUACAAUUUAUUUUUACCUUAAUUUAUUCGCGCGGUAACACUUUCUGUACAUGCUAGACAACUCUCUAUCAGUUUAUCUGUAAAUAUUAACACUCCGAAGUUGUUUUGUUUAUCAGCGAUUGCGAAUGCGCGCCCUCCGCCUCCCUCCCCGACACGGUAUUGAUUAAAUGUUAAUUUAAAUUAUUGCGUAAAUCUGGGGUCGUGCUUCCGCGAUUCGCUCUUCCACUAAUAUCAUAGCAACGUUUUAUGUUUUCCGCGAACUGUCCAUGCAUUGCUGCAGCGGGUGAUGAAGUAUGAUAUUUCGAUACUCGAUACUAAAUCGUCUCUUUGCGUCUGUCUGACACCGCUGCCUCCCGUAGCUCUCGCGUAAUCAAAUACCAAUUUAUAACAAACUGAUGAUGAUGAUGAUAAUGAUUAUUAUUAUUUAAUUUAAACUCGCGUUAUCUGAUUCUUGGAAAUAUAUACAUACUCUACCAUAUAGUA